UUUCGAAAAUCAAGAGCCGCGUGGAGUUCGUUUAGUCGGCCGGCGAGGGAGUACCGUGAACAAUGGCGACUGUGGUGCCGCAUUCCUUAACCCUCCGAUUUUGUUCUCGCACUGCGUUGAAUGGCCGAAUUGCCUCUCACUUUCCCCGUUCUUUGAUCUCCUCUUUCAAUCCUCGUUUUCGUCUUUCAUUUUCCAUGGCUGCGUCAACGGAGUCCACUCCUCAGAUUGUAGCGUCUGGCGAUGCUAACAGGGAACAAAUUGAUGUCUCGAAGUUGAUUCAAGCUCAUCAGGAAAAAGCGGCUCGGUUUUCGCUUUCACCAGCUGAAGAGAUUCGAACACUAAUGGAUCAGAGAGUGCGCGGCAUGCUCUCCACCUUUUCCCGGAGAUUUGAAGGUUAUCCGUCUGGAUCUUUUGUUGAUUUUGCAUGCGAUGCUGAUGGUACUCCUAUACUUGCUGUGAGCAGCCUAGCAGAGCACGCUAAGAACUUGGCUACUAAUCCAAAGUGCUCGUUGCUUGUAGCAAAAGAACCUGAGGAUAGGGGAACUUUAGUGGUCACUCUUCAUGGUGAUGCUGUGGCUGUUCCUGAAGAAGAUAGACUUGCUGUUCGUGCUGCAUAUUUGUCCAAGCAUCCAAAUGCAUUUUGGGUUGACUUCGGCGACUUCCAAUUCGUGUACAUCAAACCAAAAGUAAUACGAUACGUGUCUGGAGUCGCAACAGCUUCUUUGGCUUCAGGAGAACUAAGCGGUGAAGAGUACAAGGCAGCACAAGUUGAUCCGGUAGCUCAAUUUUCAAAGCCUAUAACGUCUCACAUGAAUAGGGAUCAUGCUGAAGAUACAAAGAACAUUGUGAGACACUGGACAUCUAUUCCGGUUGAUUCUGCCAUCAUGCUGGAUUUGGAUAGCCUUGGUUUUAAUGUUGAGGCUGGUUAUCAGGGGAGUUCAUUUAAGCUUCGCGUACCGUUUCCAAGACGAGCAGAAAAUAGAAAAGAUGUGAAGACUCUUGUGGUGGAAAUGCUAGAAGCUGCUAAGCCUCAAGCUUAACCAUCGUCACAGGAAGAUGUCCACUAUGCGUUCUCUGUCUAAUGCUUAUAUUAAACUUGUCACAACUUUUCUGAGCUUGCUCUUGACAUCUUUAAGCCUUAACAAUACCUCUCAUAAAGUAGUUUUAAGUUAUACAUGGCAUCUGAAAAACAACCCAUACAUGUAGAAUUUGAUUACAAAUUUAAAUGAUCACUUUUAAAUUCACUUUA